AAUAAACCAGGACUUUUAAAGACUUUCUUGAACUAAAAUAACUCAAUUUCUAUCUUGUGUUUAAACCGUGAUGGUCACAUUGAACUUUCCAUCUGAACCUGCAGUAAAGUUCAGAUCACCUAAAUGCAGUCAGACAUGACAUAGGCCUGCCUGCAACCUCACCCUACCUAUUCACCUCAGCGUUCUUUUGUUUGCUUCUGUUUGGAUCUUGCGCAGUGUCAUUUAGCCACUGAUUGGUGGAGGGGAAGUUUAAGUCAAACAGACUCCAGAUUGAGUUGUUUGUCUUUGUUUGAUCUGCGAGCUUCAGGAAUCUGGUCCGCCCUGUGUUGUGGUGAGCAAGUCGGACAGCGGACUUCAGUCUCAGUAACUGUGUGCAUGUGUGCUUGCUUGGAGAUUUGCAUCUCGGCUGAAACUUGGCCUCAGAUGCACCCAGGAAUCUGGUUUCUGCCCCCUGGUGGUGGAAAUGCACGUGUAGGUCAAAGAUAUCGAGGUCAGCACUGCCAGAGCAUCAUAAAUAGAUCAAAAUAAAAUCAACAUUUGUUUUGGAUUAUGAAAGAUGUCUGUGUUUAUCCAGAACUUAGCUUGUUUUUUCUUUCUGUACACAGGAUGAAGAACGUCUUCUCAAUGUAUAAAAGAUCUUGUUAAAUGACGAUAGAUACCCACACUGUGAGAGUUAUUAAAAUAAUUGUGUAACAAGGUUUUUUUUGCCUGCUGAAUAACGUUAUAGUAUUUUGUGAUAAUAUUUUCUUGAUCCCAAGAAAAGUUAUGGUUUCAUUUUUGGACUUGGACAUCAAACAAAGAUUUGUUUAAAGAUGUUUCAUUCAGGUAUUUGAAGUCCCUCGGGCAUCUGGCAGAAGGUUCACCGCAGCAAUUCCCUCCACACACCGAAAUUAAAAACAGCAGGAUCCAUGGAGGAAAGACAGGAUGAGAGAGAGAGAGAGAGAGAGAGGGGUAACCACAGACAAGAUGAUGGAAUAUUACGAGACAAUCUAUCUGCCUCAGAGACGGAAAACAAGAUCAGCUGCCAAAAACAUAUAAAUAGAUCUAUGGAAGAUCGAUAGAUAGACAGACAGAUGCAGAGAGAAUACAUGGCUUCAGUUCGGGACAGAGUUGCAGCAUUUAAUGUUGGGGGAGCGCUAUACAGUCCCAUGAACCGACCCCUUGAUCACAAAGUGAUAGACAAGCCCCCAGCAAUACAAACCAAUAAUAAUAUCCACAACAAAGACAUCUGGAGCCACAUCGUCACCGUUCUACAGGCCCAAGUGAAGAUCAAAAAACGCAGAAAACAUCUGAAAUAUCAUGAUAACUGCUUCGUGGGCUCAGAUGCCGUCGACGUCAUCCAGGCUUUUCUUAUCCAGAAUAAAGUUCUUGGGGAUGCUGAGGUCUGCAGAGCCAAGGUGGCUCGUUUUUGCCAGGUACUGCUGGAGUCUAAAGUGUUUGAGGCAGUAGGAACCAAAUCUCUGGGGAAGGCCAGUAAACCAGGACGCUUCCAGGACAGCAGCACCGGUCUAUACAGGUUUCUCAAGACGGAACGUCCUUCGGUGGAAGUGUUUGAAUCUGUUCUUUUGUCUCCCAGUGAGAACUCAUUGAACGUCACUCCGUGCAGGCAGGACAUCCUAUUCUCUCAUAGCACACCUGUUAAACCAGGUCAUGCGUUGGAUCUACUCAUGGAGCAGCUGGACUUGACUGGACUUGUCGGUUCUCCUCCCAUUGAAAGUCUUCCACCCUCUGUGGUCCGAGAGGUGUGGCAUGAGCAGACAGUACGGCGGUUGUCACGGUUGAUAGAUCUCCCCCUGCUGGAGGGAGUGCUGAACUGCGACAUUUCUUCUCCCCCAUCCCGAGGCCGUAAUAAUGAACCCGACCUGCUCUACACCAGUAACUACCUCGACAGAGAAGUUCUCAAGGCUUUCAGAGACUCACAAUCUGACGUUUGGUUGUCGGCAGCUGUAGACCUGCUAGACUUUCUGCCUGACCCGCUUGUGGUGGAGGUGAGCAGAGAGCUUCCCAGUUACUGCUGUGAAGAUGAGGAUGGUGAUGAAGGCCAGGGCAGACCCUCGGGCAUCGACGAGUCAAAUGGGAAGUUUGAACGUGCUCUGGAAGUUUUGCAGCUGACACUAAAGCUGCUGUCUGCGUCUGCGCGCGAGGAACUGCGCAGAUUACUGGAGUUCAUGGCUGUGGCGGCGGAUGCUGCAGAGAUUCAGCUACACACAGUGAUUGAGAACCGGGUGAUUGUGAAGAAAACCUUCACCAGAGCCAUCAUCCAGAGCAGGAGUCUUCCGAAAGGAAAGCUAGACCUUCUGCUGCUUUUCAUGCUCGACAACCACCAAGAGAUCUUCAAGAUUCCAGGUUCUCUUCACAAGCUGGUUAGUGAAAAGCUGGAUGACAUUGUGAAACACAGAGAUUCCUCCACCACCGACACUCCAUUUUGCCAGCAAGUGCCCAGAGAAGCUUAUGCCGACACCGUGAAAGAGUCGACGAAAAGUGAAUUGUACUCUCUGCUAAAGAUGAUCGAUGAAAACACCAAAUAUUCACCGAGAGAAAAGAAACGACUCCUGGCACAGUUUUAUAAGGGACAUCCUGAAAUCUUUAUGCAGUAUUUUGGAUCUCGGCUGAGCACUUUAAACCUUAAUGAAGAUUAAAUAUUGCUGUUUUGCGUAUUUGCGUAAAAGUUUUUUGUAAAUAUGUUGUG